AUGAAUGCUUUCAUCCAACGGUUGACGCCAACUCUUGCCAGGAAGUCUGGUACCAUCUCAUCAGCUACAAGAAAUGGCGAGUUUGCAAGCAAAUCCAAUGAAGAUACACUUAGCUCCAAAAGUUACGACGGCGCCAACAAAAGAACCAGUGGAUGUUUGAACGUCAAUGACAGUAACAACAACAGUUACAAUAAAGAGAAGGAAAACAACGAAUACAACAACAACAAUAAUUUGCACAAUAAUUCCUUACAAGUUCCCAUCGCGUCUUCCAUCUCAUCAGAUGACAACAAUGAUUCUUCGAGGGACAACACCAUCGUCAUGGAUCUCAACAACGUUGAUGACUCCGAUAUUAACAUCACCUUCUCUACUCCUCAAAAGCAGGCAGUUUCAGAACUGGACACCUCUGGUGCCGGCAACAACACUCAAGCAACUCAAAGAUCUCCAUCCCCUCUUAUGAGAUUGAAGAAGAACAACUUAUGGAAUCCAUUAAAAAAGUCUAGAUCGAAAUCAUUUGAGCCAGUGAAAAUAUUAGUUAGCACUGCAGACACAAAUCAACAAUCUCAACAACAAGAAACUCAUCAACAAUCAAGGCAACAACAACAUCAACAACAGUUUGUUGAAUCACAGAGCAGCAACAAAACAACAUCAGCAAAGCAUACGAGCAAAUGCAGCAGUGGAAAUCAUAGUGAUGUCUUCGUUGAUGAGGCUGUGCUAAAAUGUGAAAGUGUUUCAGAUGUGGAUAUUUCUAAAAUGAGGAACGAAAGUCAAAGUAGCUUGCAAACAUUUAAAGAUUUGCCCGACAUUGUAACUUCUGAUGAAAAAAAAUAUGACUCAGGCAGAGAAUCAGAAUGUGUUCAGUGUUGUGGACACUCACAUCUGCCCAUUCUCGUAAUAGAUGAAACUCUCGAUCUUUCUGUUGAUUCAGUUUUUCAGUUAUGUUUCUCUGAUUCGCACAUCUUCAGAGAAUUUGUUAAGUCCAUUAAAACUAUAGCUUAUUUGUGUGGCCAUCACAUGGACUUGAAGGUACUUACUUACGACGAUUUGCAUGAUUGCACAGCCUAUGAUCUUUUCAAAAGAAUGUUCCAGAAAAGUGAUUUUUGGUUCAAGUGGCUUAAAUUUAAGAAAGCUAAAGAUGUCGUUCUGUCUCCAUGGUCGGCUGAAACAGACAACAACGGAGCUCGUGUCAGGAACAUUGCAUACACCGUCUGCGUCAACCACCCGCUUGGUCUCAAACACUCGCCUACCAACGAGAAACAAAUCCUUGACUCCGACAGGCGUCCUGGCGAGUUUUAUUUAGUGGAUACGGAAUGCACAAACAACGGGCUACCCUACAGUGAGGAUUUUUACAUUGUCAACAGGUUAACAUUUUUAGCUUUCAUCGAGAAGAACGCAACCUCUGGAAUCAUCGAAACGUUCUCUGUCAUGGGCCACCUACUGAAGCAGGAAUCGAACAUCCGACAGAAUGGCGAAAGAAACGUCCAAUCUCCUAUCGUACUGAGCUCGAGGAAGAAGAGUCAACGCAGGAGACCGUUCGAUAAGCUGCCUCUCUUCAAAUCUUCAUCACAAGCAUCCUCCGAUGACGAAAAAUUCAAAGACGCAUCUUCAACAGUGACGAAAGUUGUCGGUCCCAGUGUAAGUGUAAGUGAACAAAAUUAUGGUGCAGACAACGACUACAAUGAUGGAGAUGAUGGUGACACAAACAACGGUAAUCAAAAUAAUGCUAAUCAACUGAACAACAACAACAACAACGUUGCCCACCGUCAGAACAGCAACAACUACAAUCACCAGAAUGGUCACCUCAGAGUUGGAGGUGACAUGUUAUUUAAUGAUGGUUUACGCAUAAUGUUCCUCGAUGCAGAGGUAACGAACGUUCAACGGGAGAAGGAGACCUUCAUGGCAGGACUUGCUCUGAGCACAUCAAUUAAAAUCAUCACAGCCUUUGCAUUCUUCCUGCUUUUGUUCAACGUGUUCUUAUUCCUAAAACUAAAUGAACUGGAGAACUUGACAAUUAAAUACAGCAAACAAAUGAACAUAGUCCGCAAACAAAAAUUUACUCAAAAUUCCGGAGGGAAAACUCAGCUGGAUGACAAUAAAUGUGAAAAAAAUGUUAAAACAAAUGACUUUCCAAAUGAAUUUGUUUCCAAUGAUGAUGACCGUGAAAAAGAGACUCUGACAUUCAAAUCGGCUGAAUAUUUGAAACCCAUCAACUUGGAAGAAUCUGAUGUGGAGAAGAAAACAAUUACGAAAGAGUUGACGGAUUGGCAGAAAAUGGUCGGCACUAUGAUGCAAGUUAUGGAGCAGAUGGCUCUAAAAAUCGUCGAACUGAAACACAUUUCUCAAAAUCAUUCCAAUGCUAACGCGUCUAAAUUGGAUAUUGAUGAAGAUAUUUAUAAGGGAGAUGAUUAUGAGAAGGAAGUGGGUGGUGAUGAUAUUAAGGAAUCUCUGAUUGAAUGA